AUGGCAUCUUUCAACAACUUCCAGAAAAUGCUAAUGCUGGCAUUCAACUGGAUUCUGUACAGUGCUGGUGCAGCAGAUACAUGCCAAGUCACUGUAAGACAACCCAGAUAUCAGGAAGCUGAAUAUUCCACCCAAACAGUGUCCCUACCGUGUACUUUCUCUGCCUCUGGAUGCUCCCUGUCCAAGCCUCAAGUUCUAUGGUUUCGGUUUUUUACUAACAAGCAUGAGGAUUUGUGCACUCCUAAAUGCACAAAUGAUCAGAAGUUCAAAGUACAAAUAUCAGAAAAUAGCAUUGCACUUCAGAUCAAUGAUCUGACUGUAAAUGACAGUGCUGUUUAUUUUUGUGGAAUAGCAUUUUCAGAUUCAAGUUCAUCCCAUUCUAAGCGAACAGGAGAUGGAACCGUUCUAACAAAAAGAGAGAGGCAUAGCACUGAAGAAUUUAACUGCAUGAUCAUCAUCUCAACCUUACUACUUCUAUACUGCACUACUGUAUGCGCAAUCCUUAUAGUCUACAAGUUAAAACCAAAGCUGCUAAGUAAAAGUGGAAAUGAAGACCAGAGAACAGAGAACUGUAAAAUCACUAGCGGACGAAAAAUUUUUCAAGCAAUUGCCCAAGAACUUCAAAAGCAGAGGUACGCUGAGCACUCCCGACAGCCUGAUCAUCUGGAAGAUGACACUGUUUACCAGAACAGAUGAGUAUGUGCUGCAUUUCCAAUUUGUUGGACAUUUUUAGUGUAACCAAAGAGGCAGAUGAAGAAGUUAAGCUUCUUCACAGACUUACUUUGCUUUAAAAAGA